AUGUCUGAUGCUGCUUCGCAACCGAGACGCUCAAGACGGUUUUCCUUUACAUCACGCCGCCAGCAGAAUCCCGCCCAGGAAGACGUCCACCAUGGGCCGCCACCAACCACCAUUGGCUUCCCGAUAGAUGCCAUCCCGUUUUACCCAGAGUCACAGGCACAGGAGAACUCCGGCUCCUCAUGGAAGAGAGCCUUCAGACGCUCUCAGUCGGUUGAUCGGGCUGAACAACCCUCAGACCGUCGACCCUCGCGUCGUCUUGUGAAGAAGCCGCCUGUCAGUGGUUCCCGCAGAGACGCCAGCGUAUCGUCCGAGGCACCCAGGAAGUCUAUGAUAUCGAGCAUAUCGACUCGUAUUCGAAGUCGGCGUGCGAGUACAUCAAACAACGGUGAAGACGCUGCAGGUCUUCAAUUACCCGACGAACAAGCUGGCGAGCGCGGUGCAGAGUCUUCCCACCCAUAUCGAUAUGAUAGAAUAUCAUCACGGGGCGUGGCGCAAAAACCAGGCCACACACAUGCCAAAAGCCUGGACGCUGCCCAAGAGGGGCAGAAAGAAAUGCAAAAAGAAUUACGGCGGAAGAGUGAGCUUGUCAUCAAGCGAGAGGACGCAUCAGCCACUCCCACGCCCACCCUCCGCAGAGUUGGCAGUCCCUUCUAUCACACGGCCUCUGACAAAGAAGUCGUCUCUCAAGAGAAUCCUCCCACUUCGGAGCCAAAAUGGCCCAAGCUAGAGAUUCCUGCCAGCACCAAUCUGGAGUCGUGGCGCGACGAGGCUAUGAUGAUCCCAGCUUCACUACGAGUUAGUCGGUCGAAGAUUGUUGAGCCGGGUCCGAAAAGUCCAAGUAGGGCAUCAUUGUCGAUGCAGGAGAAUAACGAUAACAACAAAGACGACACAUCUCAGCACAGUUUGCCAAAGUAUAGUCCUCCUCAUGCCCAAGUUCCGGGACCUCAAAAGAAGGAGAGCAGCAAUCGCAUUGAAAGCAGCCUGUCGUCACUAUGGCAAGAACCGCUUCCCUUCGAACAGGUUGCUCCUAAGCCUGCUUCAAAACCAGUUGAACAAGUUGCAAGUAUUCCACGGCCAUUGUCUCAGAACGACAAGUCAACUACACAUGAAUGGGUUCCCCCAGUCCCCUCAGAGUCCAUCAACCCAGUCAAGACAAUGUCCCCUCGGCCAAGGCACGCAAAGCACACAAAGACACAGUCCUCGUCCUCAACCGCAACCGCAUCCUCGUCUUCAUCUUCACCUUAUUCCUAUACAUCGUCCACAUUCGGGGAGCUUCCAACACCCAUCAGCUCCAACGCAUCCAGCACGCAUCUCGAAGCCACCACCAACAAUAAUACCAACGACACCGCCAAAAAGGAAAUCCCCCGCAACACCAUGUCCCCCAAACUCGACAAAUACCUCGCCAAAAUCUUCGUCAUCUGCUGCCACUGCAACCACUGGCACGACGUGCCCUCGCCUCUAUAUGCGCAAAUGAUCAUCCCAGAGCGUCUUUUAUUCUCUGGUCUACCGGAACCAUCAGAAACCCGAUCCUCCAAAUCGUCGCGAUCGUCCAGUCAAGCGCGCGAAUCCGCGCGGCUGUCAUCCGAGUAUUCCAGAAAAAAGAGGCCGCAAUCCUAUAUUUCGCAGAGCGAUGGAUCUUCCUCUUAUUCGGCUACUACUACGUCGUUGCCAUCGUCGUCACAUUCGCGCUCGCCGUCGCGCUCACCGUUUUCUUCGCCAACGGCUACUGUGCUCUGCUCUUGGUGUAAGCAUGAAAUGGCGCAGUCGUGCUGUGCCAGUUGGACGACUAUGGUUCAUAUGAUUGAGAGGCAUUGA